UUCCCUUCCCCCCUCCUCUCCCUUCCCCUCCCCCCUCCCCCACCCCACCGCCCUGGCUCCGGGGGACCCCGAGAUGCCGGUCCGCACCGAAUGUCCCCCGCCGGCCGGAGCCUCGGCCGCCUCCGCCGCGUCCCUCAUCCCGCCGCCCCCCAUCAACACCCAGCAGCCCGGCGUGGCCACCAGCCUCCUCUACAGCGGCUCCAAGUUCCGCGGCCACCAGAAGAGCAAGGGGAACUCGUACGACGUGGAGGUGGUGCUGCAGCAUGUGGAUAUGGAGAACUCUUACCUUUGUGGAUACUUGAAGAUUAAAGGCCUUACUGAGGAAUACCCAACUCUUACUACCUUCUUUGAAGGGGAAAUAAUCAGCAAAAAGCAUCCAUUCUUAACCCGAAAGUGGGAUGCAGAUGAGGAUGUAGACCGUAAACACUGGGGCAAGUUCCAGGCUUUUUAUCAGUAUGCAAAAUCAUUUAACUCAGAUGACUUUGAUUAUGAAGAACUGAAGAAUGGGGAUUAUGUCUUCAUGAGGUGGAAGGAACAGUUUCUAGUCCCAGAUCAUACAAUCAAAGACAUCAGUGGUGCUUCCUUUGCUGGGUUCUACUACAUCUGCUUCCAGAAAUCCGCAGCCUCUAUAGAGGGCUAUUACUACCAUAGGAGUUCAGAAUGGUAUCAGUCCCUAAAUCUGACUCAUGUUCCUGAACACAGCGCCCCAAUCUAUGAAUUCCGGUGACAGUUGACUGUUCAGAACAAUAACCAAGUAAAACUGAACUUGGCAGAAAAGAUUCCGGUCGAUCAGGAGAAUUGUGUACCUGCCAGAAGUGGGAGAUAGCGUGUGCCGGUCUCCUACAGAGCGGAUGCACCAGGAGGCACCACUGUCAACCCAUAGAACCCAAGAGAUGCCGCUGACUGGGGAGGGGGGAGGAGAAGAAGCAAAUGGAAUUCUUCCUGCUUCUGAGUGGCAAUUUAAUUUUAAUCUGGUUUUUUAGCUACCUUUAAAUGCACUUUUCCUUAUUGCACAGCUACCUUCUGUAUUACGGAAAUGCCCCUUUCCCCAUUCUAAAUCUGAGCAGAGUUGAUAGUUUCCAGGAUGACAUGUCAGCAUUGGCUUGGUGUGCAGUGUUUUGAACUAACAAUUUGCAUUCACAGAUUUAUGGUUGCACUCCAGUGCCCCGGUCUUGACACUUUGUCUGGUAGUUCAAAAGAAACCACAACCUAGAAAUAUCUGUGCAUCAAAAAAGCAUUGUGCAGGGAAUUGGUGAAACACCACAUCUGCUAAUGAAGCCCAUGGCUGAGGCAGUGCUGAUUCUUGAAGGGCCUAAUCAAUCUUUAGUUCUGAUUGGUUAAUGGGGUCAAAGCACUGGAAUAUUAACAACUCAAGGCUAAAUAGUUGUUGGGUUCCCUUGGCACACCAUUGGGAAUAACUAAAUUCAAGACUUCCAAGCCCUCAGUUAGGAAUGAAUCAGAAUCCUGCUCACUCAGUACAUUUGCUCUGAACUUACAGACUUGAGGGUAAAACCAAACUCAAUAAAAAUAAGAGAUUUUUUUAAUUACAAAAAUUAUUUUUAUGGUCCCUUUAGCAAGGACUCUAUGGCAAAUGCACAAUUACUCAGAAUUACAUUUAUCGUUUUCACAUUGAAAACAGCGAAUGUUGACUUAUUAAUUUUUAUACCUAUAUAUAUAUAUGUAUAUUUAAUCAACCAGCAGUUUUUGAAACUAGUCAUCCUGGUACAAAAGUUUGCAGCGUUGCAUAAAUUAGUGCUAAAUAAGAGAACUGUUUUUUGGUCAGUUUAACAUUUGUACCUCCUCCUUUUGCUACACAAAACAGUGCUUGACAAACCUUUUUAUCAGGCAGAAGGAGCAGUUGUUCUCCUAUAACAAUGACUUUGAAACGUUGGGGGAUGAGGGGAAACAUUAACCAUGUUCAAAUAAUAACCCAAGGCUUGCGUGCGUGCCAAAGUGUGCGUGUGUUUUUUGUUUUUGUUUUGUUUAUUUGUUUUGUUCUUUUGUUUUUUAAAGAUUUCAGAAGCUUCAAAGUUGGCAUCAGUUGUAUAUUUGAUGUGUAGCUGUCAAAUAUGUGCAGGGCUCUAGGGAUGGCAUUUUCUGGUGGUUUCCAGACUUUGAUUCAGAGAACAAAAAGGGUAGCUUUAAAACAAAACAGUCAUAACCCAAGGGAACAAACCCGUUUUGAGGUUGUUUGGCCACUAGCAGUAUGAGAAAAUGCAAAGCCUUUCACUUAAUUGAGUAGUAGAGAAUACAUUUUAUUUAGAUGGAUACACAAACCAACUAACUUAUAAUUAAUGAUACAUGUACUGUAACAUAUCAAAAAGGCUGAGUCCUAAAGUAAGCCUUUAAGGAAAUAUAUUUGGGGAAGCAGUCAAUGGGCAUGUGUUACAUCUGAAAUUUAGGGAGCCUGAGAAUUUUGUAUGGAAUAACAUAACCAGCUAGUCUGGUCUAAUCAGGGCAACUGAAUCAUCAAAAUCUGUCCCCAGUGGAUUAUUUUUGUAUCCAACAUGUCUGUUCUCAGAAAUUGGUUAAGACUGUCUGAUUCUAAAAACAAAAGCACUGAAGUAACUGGCAUUUCUUCCUUGUUUGUUGCUAUGGUUGAACCUGGUUGAUUUCACACUAAUGAGAGAGACUCCACUGCAGCUUUGCUGAUAAGCAGAUGAAUGAGAUUUUAAAAUCAAGGCAACAAUAAUAUGAAUUGUGUUUGGUUCAUUUAUUUUAGCAAGUGCUGUUUAAUUCCAAUCAUUCCUUAUGUUGCAAAUUUUUUCAUCAUUCAGGACACUGCUAGUGAAUAGCCUGGCGUAUGUUUUGUAAACAUCUCAAAAGGCUUAUUAACUUCUCAAGCCUUCCUUACAGAGUCAAAAAAUGGGACAAGAGUGCCCUCCUGAGUUUGUUGGGUGUGAAAUGUUUGGGUGAAUUAUUGGUUGUCCGUUGGCUGAAUGGAAUUAAGGAGAAACUGCCAGUUAGGAUGAAAACAUGAAUAAGUAGUAAUACUUUUGCUGGAUCUUUUGGACAACUUUAAUGAAGAUUUAGUGAUCUAAAAAUCUAUCUGUUGGGGACAGAGAAAAAAAUUAAGUAUUUACUUCCAUCUGUUAGUUAACACCUCUAAUCAUUUAUCUUGACUCCUCCCUUACAAAGAAUUUACCUCUUCCAGUGCGUUCCCUAAAAGAACUUUGGAAAACUUUUCUCCAUUCGUAGUUAUUUUUAUUUUUGAUCUGUCAGUAGUUUACAUGACUUUGAUACUGUGUGCAAUAUUUUUAAUUGUCAUCCAUACCCAUAAUUAAGAAAUAUUGCUGACGUCAAAUUUUCCAUCACCUACUUUCAUACCAAAUGGACCUGAUGUUAGAGAAGAUCCCUUAAAGAAUUUGGUUAUUUGUACCCCACUGCCCAGAAAACUUUUCUUUUGUGGUCAUCAAGUCUUAGUAUUCUUGGUAUUUUGAAAAGAAUUCCUUUUUCUUUUAACCAUUAUAUAGCAUUUCUGCUGAACUCCAAAAUAAUUAAGCAGUGCUUAAAGCUAAGUUGUUUAUAAGUUGGUUAUAUUGUUAUCAAAACCCAUAAAGUCUUGGGGUAGCAAAAGGGUAUUUAGAAUUCUCUUUCUCUCAUGAAAACAGGGAAUUCCUAAGUCCUUGAUUUUAUUUUUCCCCCUCUUAUAAAGCAGAGUCUGAUAAGAUAAUUUUCAAAAGAAAUGCCAUUAAGUAUGUUGCAUUGUGGUUUAAAAUAACUAAAGUGUUCUGGAGGAAAAAAAUAUUUCAUCUUUGAAUUUUAAGUUUUUAUUAGAUUUAAGUGGAUACAAAAUAUUUUGUUUCUUUAUGGAUGAAUUGUGGAAAGGGAUUGGGUGGAAAAAAGUAUUUUGCAGAGCUAUCAAUGUCCAAAUAAUAAAAAGAAAUAUAUAAUAAAGGUAUUUGAGCAGUG